AUGGACUCAUUAUCGAAAAAAAUCCAAAACUUGGGUAUCCAUGAUAUCAGAAACGCUGCUAGAUUUGCUCAAAAUGUCAUUGUCCAAUAUGAACCUUAUCAAAUCGAUAUUAGAAGAGCAACAAAUACAGAUGCUUGGGGUCCGACCUCAAAGCAUUUGGCCAAAGUCUUAAGAAAUAGAUACCAGGUUCCUUUAUAUUUGAUGACAGAAUAUAUUUUGAAAAGAAUCGUGGAUCAUAUUGCUGUAAGACCCAAGAAUUUCUAUGAAAAGGCAAGAAAGGAUUAUGUCAAUUACGGUGCGGAAUGGAGAGUGGUUUUAAAAUGUUUGGUGGUGAUCGACUUUUUAUUUUUAAACGUAGAAGAAGGUGAAGAAUUAAACCAAGUCAAAUCUUGUAUGUUGACUCAUAAACAUAUCUUAACUUCUCAAGUAGCAAGCUAUAAAAUCCCCUUUUCCAAUGAUGGUAAGAUGGAAAUCCAUGAAAGGGGUAUAAGGAAAAAAUCAGAAUUGAUCUUACAAUAUAUGGAUGAUCCAAGAUUUUUAAGAGAAGAAAGAAUUAAAUCAAGAAAAAAUGCAAAUAAAAUCCAUAGACAACAACAACAAUCUUUCACUCCUUCCAAUGAUGUCAUUUUUAACGCAAAUGCCAUGGAUGAUAUGAAUGAUAUGGAUUUCGAUAUUGAAGAUAUUGCCAUGCAAAAUGAAGUUCGUCAACAACAUAUCAAAACUCCAUCCAAUGUCGAUGAACAAAGAAGACAAAGAAGAGAAAUCUUGAGAGAAAGAAUCAAGUCUACAGAAUUACAAAGAAAACAACAAAUACAAAAGAAUAAAGCAUCAACUUCUUCCUCUCCAGAUCCGGUAUCUGCUCCUCAAACUUCAGCUUCAGUCCCAGAUUUAUUAGAUCUAGAUUUCGAUUCUGCUCCAGCUCCUUCAUCAAAAUUACCUAAAGCUUCAAUCAACAAUAAUAUCAAUGACGAUGACGAUGACGACGAUGAUUUCGGCGAUUUCCAAAGUGAAUCAGCUACUGGCGGUAAACCAGCAGUAAAAACCGUAUCUGCCCCUCCUGUUAUACCUUCCGAAUUUACUACAACUAAUACCUCAGCAUUAGAUGACCUGCUGGAUUUAGGUUCAUCAUCAGCAAAUAAUAAAUCUACAACUACUGCCACUGCAAUUUCUUCAAAUACACAAAAUAAUUCAGCUAAAAAAGACGAUGCAUUCGACGAUUUAUUUAACUUUUCCAAAUCUUUAAUAUGA